AUGGCGCAAAAGACACAACGGCGCAGAACACAACGCUACCACAUUCGGAAAGCAAGACAAGUUGUGAUAGCAGCCCUAGAGGAAAUUGCACCUGGGAACGCUGAAAUCCUCUUGAGUAAACUAGUGAUAUCAAACGUCGUCGCACUGACAGAGAACGAAGUUGACUUAACGCUUGUUGACGCCUUAGCAGAAUGCUACAAGAGUGCGAGCCACUGGAGCACACGAAGGCAAAUCCUAUCCAUUAUUGCUGACAAAGUUAUCUAUCGAACGUUACAGAGUUGGAUUCCUGGUCUAACACGACAUAGAUAUAAUGUCGCCAGGCAACACGCUCACAUGUAUGAAGGAGGUGCUGAAGUUGAAACUCGUAGUGUACCGAGAAUGUAUGUCUCAGCCUCACAGCUCGACCACUUCCUUGACUUCAUCACAAGUGAACACAUUGUCCAAGAACUUCCAUUUGGUGAUCGGACAUUGAAAUUAUCAUCCGAAAAGAAAAUAAUAGUACUCAAUGUGGUAAGAAAGGUCAUCCCAGAGCGAGUUAUUCAACAGUAUAACCUGUUUUGCACCGAGACGGGUUUUGCUCCGAUGGGACGCAGCACCCUUCAUAACAUUCUAGAUGUGUGCUCUGCUAGUGUAAGGAACUCAUUACAGGGACUCGAUUACUUUACAGCGCAAGGCACACAGGCUUUUGAUGAUUUAGAGAGCGUUGUCGAUAAGCUCGGAGAAGACUGUGGGAUGGGCUCAUCCUGGGUGAAAGAAAAGAAGGAACAGCUCAAGGAAGGAAAGAGAUAUCUGAAGAGUGAUUACAAGGUACCAUUAUUAUCCCUAUUAUCAUUAUGAUUAUCAUUAUUACUAUUAUUACGAUCAUAACACUAAAAAUAAUCGAGUGUGCUUCAUCAGUUCUUAUCACAAUACAGAGAUAUGAAUUAUUAAUAAAUACAUGCAGCUAGACAGGGACCAUAGUCAUUAUCAUACCUUUCCAGUUCGAGAUUUUUGUUUUCAAUUAAUAGGUACACAUUUCAACGAGCUCAAGUGUACCAGACCAUUGUCGAGCCUACGCGCUAAGUUGUCCAGACGACACAGACUACCUUAAAAUUUGCCAUCACAACCACAACCACACAUGCGACCGGUGUUCUCGUCUUACAUCUGUUGUUGCUGAAAUCGAGAGAGCUGUACAGGAAGUGGGAGGCACAACCGAUACGAAAGGAGAUUUGGCCUUUGUGACUUUACAGUCCAAACAAUACAUAAAUUCUUGGAAAUCGCACUUACUGCGUUCAACAAACCAGAACGAGUCUAGAUUAGACGUCAUCGAUAAGCUGGAUGAAACUUCUGUCUUACUGGUCUUAGACUGGGCUAUGAAAUAUCUACCAAAGAAAUUCAGGGAGAGCCAAACAGACCGGUUUGGUAAGAGGUCUGCCAUGGCAUCACAGUUGCGACGAGAAAGGGAAAUGAUGGCAAGAUUGAGAUGAUGACAUUUGUACACUUAUUUGAGACCUGUAACCAGGACAGUUCUGCAGUUCUUGCCAUACUUAACGACGUCUUUCGUCGACUGAAGGAUGUCAUGCCUCAUUUACAAUCUAUUUAUCUUAGACAAGACAACGCCGGGUGUUACCACUGCGCUUUAACCCUGAUUACAGCCAGCAAAGUAGCAGAGCUAAAUAAACUACGCAGAAUGGAUUUUUCAGAUCCCCAAGGAGGGAAGGGAUCUUGCGAUCGGAAAGCUGCAACGAUCAAAUCCCAUAUGGCCAUCCAUUUGAAUUCAGGCCACGAUAUAGAGUCGGCAUCUCAAAUGCAGGAGGCAAUAGAACCAUUUGUAGGUAUCCCUGGAGUAAAAACAGUAUUGUGCAGGCCUCCUAUGUCUUUCAUUAAAAGCCCUUGAAAUGGGAUGGUGUGAGCUUUGUAAACAACGUUCAUUAUGGCGAGGAAGGUGUGAGAGUAUGGAGAUCCUACAAAAUUGGAAGAGACAAAUUCAUUCCUUGGAGCAAGUUUCAUGUUCCUGACCAGGACGAAGUUCCAACUCUGGAAUGCAGUGCAGCAAGCGAAAAUAUAAAAGCAAAUUUUGUUCCUAUCAAGCCGAGACGAGCAGAGGUUGCUAAAACAUCUCAAAAGCACAAAGACAGCACUGAUGAAGGUACCGAUGAUUCAAGUGAAGAAUCGCGCACUUCCACAACUAAAAAUAUUUUUUUCUGCUCGGAAGAGGGUUGCAUCAAGUCCUAUCAAUGCCAUUCGUCAUUACAGAAGCAUCUCGAAUGUGGGAGACACAAAUAUAUUCUUGAAUAUGAAACUCUCUACGACCGCGCCGUGCUAGGGUAUGCCUCGAGACUGGAGAAGGGACCGGGUGCUGUGCCGGAACUGCGGGACACGGAAUCCACCCCGUCAUCGUCUGUAGCUUCUGUUGAAAUGGGAUGGGCCUUAAAACAGAGUCGUUCUCGCAAUAUUCGUUUCACUGAUGAGCAAAAGUUUUUAAUCGUAUACCGUUACUGGCACUGGUGA